AUGGCACAGGCGAAACUGGAUUUUGCAAAGUCUCGAAAUUGGAGACUCGGAGUUGAAAGACGUCGUGUGCAAUCGAAGUUUCACAAGGGAUUUGUGUCAGAGUCAAAAGAUCAUUUUCAGUUUGCCAAGGGUUCUACAUCAAAUAUGAUUCUAUCUCCAACAAGGCCAAUUAUGUGAGUUCCUAUUUUUGCCACGGAUAAAUGUAACCGGAAAUUUUAGUUAUAACUCGAACAAUUAUUAUUGGGAUGGAUUUUAUAAGCCGCACAAAGAUAGGCCAAAACAAUGCUCCUACGAAAUUCAAGAAUCCGAUGAGGAGUUGUACAAUUCAACACUUCCAAAUGGAACUGUUCCGCAAAAAAUUAUUUUUGGAUGCAAAGGCAUGAAUUAUUGUUGUGAUCUUGAUUGUUGCUCAUAUUAUACAGCUGCCGCUGGUGUUAUGUAAGUUUUCUCUAUUUUUUUUUGGAAUCAAGUAACAUUCUGAAAAAUUUUCAGAGGAGCGAUUGUUGUCUUCAUUGGAUCUUUAUUAAUGUGUGAAAAAUGUUUGAGUAAGCGAAGAGAUACACAGUAGUUUAAGAAGUAUUGUAAGUAAUUAUGUGCAUACAAAUGAAUCUGUCAAUAUUUAUCGCUGCUAUUUGAAUCUGGUUUUUCUGGUUUUGGAAGCUCGAAAUUUCACUGAAAAGCUAAUAACAACUAGAAAAUUAUCGAAAAAAUAAAAUAAAAAAAUUCUGGAGAACACAGGAGACUGUGAGGUCAUUUUUCUGGUUUUGCAAGCUCGAAAUCUUACCACUCUCGAUCAUAAAUUUUUGUAUUUGAAGAUGUGUUUGAAAAAUUGACUUCCAACUAUUUUUUUACUUCACGGAAAUUCGGCGGGACCUCUUUCAUUGAAAAGAGAAUGAAAUUACGGUCAUUUUGAUGUGUUUACUUGUUGUAAAACCGUUCUUCAACACGACAAGCUUGUUUGAGAGGCAGGCCUUCAUUUAAAGGCAAUUUUGAACAGGGGAAAAUGUGUGACGUGUGGUGUUGGGGUAGAGCGCUGGAUUGUGCGCCGAAAGGUGGCGGGUUCGGAUCCCGCCCGAUGCAAUGUUUUUUAUUUUUUUUUGUUUUUGAGAAAUAAUCGAUCUUUGUUCUACACAAGAACAUGACCUUUUCAAUUUUCUUUUUCCAAAAAAAAAGAAAAAGAGAUAAUAUCUGUCAGAACUUCCUUGUUGUUUAUAUGAAAAACCUUGAACGAUAUAGCACAUCUCUUGGGGCAGUAUAAAAAGUGUUCAAUUCAAAAUACCCCCUUCAUUUUGAUAUCAAAAUGACCAACUGUACACUAUCUUUCACAAUUUUAUUCGUCUUGGCUAGUUUAAUUCUAGCCUCUGUUCCAUUAUUGACUUUCAAUGCUGGAGAAAAUGCAGAGAUUGGAAUCGGAGAUUCGAAAGAAUUCAAACGAUCUGUUGGAAAAGCUGGAGGUAUUCAAAUCUAUAGAAUUUGCAAUGGGAAAAAUGCCAAGACUUGUGGAUAUUGGGAAGAUACAAAGGUUAGUUGGGCGAACUUGUUGUGUAAGAAGUUGGGGUAACUGAAAAAAUCCUCAAAAGCUUCAAAAAGCAUUGCUAACAUGCUUAAAUUUUUCAAUUUUCAGACCAAGAAAAAAGGUGGCAAAAGCUCCAGUGACCAAAAAAGUUGGGAACAAUUUGGUUCUUGAAAAAGUGACAGACGAGGAUUCAGGAAACUACUAUAAUGAUGGCCAAAUUUAUUAUUCUGUUCAUGUUUUGGAUAUAGUUCAAGGUUGA